AUGUUUGUGGGUUAUUCAUUUACCAAGCUUUACUGCUACAAAUGUGUGUCAACUCAUCCAGGUUGUGCCACACCUUUUAAUUGGCUUUGGUAUUGGUCACAUCAGUGUCCUGAAGACAAUGAUAAAUGUGUCAAAAUAACAGAAAGAAAAGGAGGCACUGAAAUAAUCACAAGAGAUUGUCUUAGCUCUUUAAGUUUUCGUACCGACAUACCAGCUGAUCAUUAUGAAGGAUGUCGUCCUGCUGCUCAUGAUCCAAGAUUAGCUCAUUAUGUUAAUAGUUCAAUAAAAGAAUAUGAUGUUAAAAGGGAUUAUUAUGAUUCAACAGAAUGGUGUUUUUGUUUUUUCGAUAAUCGUUGCAAUGGAACCUCAACAAUUAAAGGAUCAAUUUUAUUAAUCACAUUCAUGUACCUUAUUAAACAAGUAUUAUUAUACACAUAA